AUGUUCUGGAAGAUAAUGCACUCGGAGUUGAGAGUGCCGGUGGCGAUCCCGCCGGAGUCAGUUCACUCCCAGAGUGAGUUGUCGAGAUGGCUGAUGUCGUGGUUCGUGGAGGCAUCAGAUGACGAGCGCGCUGUCAUGGUUCAGGGAGUCUACGCGCUCUGGCUGGCAAGAAAUAAUGCGCGCGACGGACAAAGAAUUGAACAAGCGGAGGCGAUCGCGAAACGAGUCUUCUAUCUGAUGGGAGAAUGGCAGUCGAUACAUGGGCGCACAAGUAAGCAGAAUAAACCAACAGUGGUUGAGAAGUGGACACCACCUACGGAGGGAUGGGUGAAGGCCAAUGUUGACGGCGCAACGGCGAAGGCCGGUGAGAAUGGAGGUGCAGGUAUGAUUUUCAGGAACCAAGAUGGUGCAUACCUCGGUGGCUCCUGUCAUUUCCUCCCACGUUGCAACGACCCGGCUAGAGUGGAAUUACAGGUGUGUUGGAGAGCAGUUAUUCUGGCUGAAGAGCUCAAUAUUCCCAGAUUACAUAUCAAGAUGGACUGCCAAGACAUAGUAGGCAAGCUUAGGAGCAAGGAGAAGGACCUCUCUACGCUGGGACUGAUCGUCGAGGAGGUAAAGAACAAGCUGGCGUCGAGGGAGGAAUGGAAGCUCGCCUGGAUACUAGGGGACAAAGCACACCACAGAAUCAUCUCAGCAGACCUCUGUGAGGAAGCUAAACAAAAUGCAUGGAUCACGAUAAACCAGGACACGGCACAACAAUCUUCAACCGCGCUGAACACCAGCGGCAUCAACGAUCAGUAG